AUGAAUGUGUUCCCUGGACAGUGAAUGCUGGUUCAAUGCUGCCCUCUAUAGGAGACUGUUUUUUUAAUAGAAGCAAAUUUGAUGCUGUGACAGUGUCUCUCUAAUUUACAGCACACAUGACUUUUGUGUAACUAAUGUUUGAAUAGAUAUUUGUAAAACCAGGAGUGCAUGGACAGAAACUUUAAAUUUUUUCCAAAUCUGGUAUUUCUUUCUUAGGAAAUACCAUUAUAUUCUCACGUUUUUUCAGUCUCACUCUUGCCCAGAUAAUUUACAGUGUUACUCAAAUAAAAUCUACCUAUAGUAGGUGUCCUGAUACAUUUUUAUUUUUAAAAUUUUGAGCAUUGAACCUCUGAAUAAUAUUUCCUUUGUAGGCAACAGAUUUCUCUCUAAGAUAUGCAAAAUAUUAGUAACUACAAAUGAUUAAGAUAUAAAAAUUUAAAUGUCCCCAAACCACUCAUCCUCGACAACUAGAGCAGGUAUGUGACUGAAUUCAGAUCAGUGGGUUUGGUUCCAAUGUGAUCUAGCAGAGGAAAGAGUGCCCUCAGCAGUGUCUAGGGAUGGAGAGAACCUCAGUAUUGCUUUGUUUAAUUUGAAACUCCUGGUUUUUACCUGUUCAGGACAGGCUGACAUCCUGAGCAACACAGCCAGCCUUGCAGAGGUUUAACCAGAAGAUUUUCAAGUGAGAAGUUAGAUAUAUGGAUAAUUUCAAAAGGCCUGUGACACUCUAACUUGCCAAGGCAGUCACCGUGGCACACACUGAAUCUGGCAACUUUACAGGACAGUGUUAUGUAAGCAUAUUUCUUGACUCUUUUGCAAUAGUGUUUUGUUUUUUUUUUAACAAAAAGGAGGGGGCAGAGAGAAACAUCUGGUCACUCUAGUUAGUCCAGUCUCAGUGUCAUUUACUGGAGUCACCUGCCUUUUAACUCUGUCCCUGGCACUGCACUGGUCGUGGCCAUAAUUAGUUCAGUUAGAAAUACUCCAGAGCUCCACUUGGGGGAAUCUGUUGCAGACUGAAGCAAACCACUCUUCUUGCAAGCUGUUUUUUUCUAAUGAUCCAGUGAAGAUCGUGAAGGCAAAAGGCCAGUAUAUGUAUGAUGAGAACGGGAGACAGUACCUUGACUGCAUAAACAAUGUCGCUCACGUUGGGCACUGUCACCCUGAUAUAGUAAAGGCAGCCCAUGAACAGAAUCAAUUGUUAAAUACAAAUUCCCGUUACCUUCAUGACAACUUGGUUGAUUAUGCAGAGAGACUUUCAAAAACACUACCUGAGAAAUUAUGCAUCUUCUAUUUUUUGAAUUCUGGAUCUGAAGCCAACGACCUUGCCCUGAGAUUGGCACGGCAGUACACAAAACAUGAGGAUGUUAUCGUUUUAGACCAUGCUUACCAUGGACAUCUGACAUCUUUGAUUGACAUAAGCCCAUAUAAAUUCAGAAAUCUAGAAGGACAAAAGGAAUGGGUCCACGUGGCUCCUGUUCCAGACACAUACAGAGGACUUUAUAGAGAAGACCAUGAAGAUGCAGUAACAGCCUAUGCUGAUGAAGUAAAAAAUACUAUUGAGCGUGCACAUAAGAGAGGCAGGAAGAUUGCUGCAUUUUUUGUUGAAUCUCUACCAAGUGUGGGUGGUCAAAUCAUUCCCCCGGCAGGUUAUUUUCAGAAGGUUGCAGAGCACGUGCACAAGGCAGGAGGUAUAUUUAUUGCUGAUGAAAUUCAAGUUGGCUUUGGCAGGGUUGGCAAGCACUUUUGGGCAUUCCAACUUCAGGGAGAAGAUUUUAUACCUGAUAUUGUCACUAUGGGGAAACCAAUAGGAAAUGGGCACCCACUUGCUUGUGUAGCAACAACAAAAGAAAUUGCAGAAGCAUUUGCGGCCACAGGAGUAGAGUAUUUUAAUACAUUUGGUGGGAACCCCGUUUCAUGUGCCAUUGGAUUAGCUGUGUUAGAUGUGAUUGAGAAGGAACACCUUCAGGCUCAUGCCACAGAGGUAGGCAACUUCUUGAUGAAGAUACUCAAGGAACAGCAAAUCAAGCAUCCCAUCAUUGGUGAUGUCAGAGGUUGUGGCUUAUUCAUUGGAGUGGACUUAAUUAAGGACCAAGCAGAAAGGACUCCAGCCACAGCAGAAGCAGAGGAUUUAAUAGCAAGACUUAAGGAAAGAUACAUUCUACUGAGUACAGAUGGGCCAGGAAGAAAUGUACUGAAAUUCAAGCCCCCAAUGUGUUUUAAUAUGGAGGAUGCAAAAUUUGUUGUGGAGACAAUUGACAAAAUAUUAACAGAUAUGGAAAAAGAAUGUCUGAACGUAUAGAAAACACCUAUUUGUUCUACCUGAGCAGGUUUCAAACAAUGUUCAAGAUCUACUACUAAGAAACAUUAUUCUACUAUAAUAAUGCACAUUUAAUCUUCAUCCUAGCAUGUCUUAAGACCAGAUAAGUCAUCUUUGAUUUUUCUGUUUUCAUUUAUCUUGUUUUUAGUAAAAGCUCUAGGAGAAAUAAAUUUUACAAGAGCUUGUCUCAAC